AUGACAAGCAAGAAGAAGAAGGCUUCAUCUUCGUCAUCAACAACAUCGUCAUCACAUGAAGAGGAAUCAUCAACAACAAAAAAUAAUAUUAUGGAGGAUGAUGCGGGUACUUCUAGUAAUAAUAACAACAACAAGAAACACAAAUCAAGUAAACGUAAAAAAAAUUCUGAUGAAAGUGUAGUGGAUGAAGUAAAAAAGACACCUCUCAAAGUGAAAAUUAAACUGGGUGAUACUGAAACAACAGUAGAUCCUCUCGAACCUGAAAAGAGAAAGAAGAAGAGAGAAUCUAAAAAAUCCGAUCAAAAAUCACUUGUUUCAACACUUAUUACCCUUUUGGACAAACUUUUCAAGGCAGAUAAGAAACAGAACUUCUGGUAUGCUGUUCCCGAAAAAGAAAAACAGUACUAUCAAGUCAUUGAUAAUCCUAUGGAUUUAUCUUCAAUUCAAGCAAAAUUACUUCUUGGAAAGUACUCUUCAAUUGGUAAAUUUAGACAAGAUCUAGACAUUAUUCACAACAAUGCAGAAAAGUUUAAUGGACAAGCUUCCCCAAUUUUCAAGGCUGCAGAAAGGUUGAAAUCAAUUUAUACAAAAGAACUUUCAGCUUACUCCGAUUCGGAUCCAAUAGUAACACCUCUCACAAAUGACGAUAGUACAGUAGAAGAAUGUAUGAUACAGAUUAUAGAUGCUCUUAAAUAUGAAGAUUCUUAUUCCAUUUUCCAUGAACCAGUCCCAAAGGAAGUUCCAAAUUACUAUGAGACUAUCAAAAAACCAAUGGAUUUUGCCACUUUGAAGAAGAAGGUGACAGAUCAUAAGCUUUCCAUUUCUAAGUUUGAAAAGUACAUGUUACGUAUUUUUUCUAAUGCAACAAAGUUCAACCUUCCAGAUACUCUCUACUAUGCAGAAGCUGUAAGAAUUUCAAAACUUUCUACUGAGCUGGUAGAGAAGCUUAAAUCAAAAUUCUCCUCUGAAUCAAAACCAACUGUCACUAUCACUGUAAAGGAGCCGCAACCAGAAGAGAAAAAAGAGAAAAAGUCAAAGAAAAAGAAAGAAGACAAAAAAGUCGAGAAGGAAGAAAAAGAAAAGAAAUCAAAGAAAAAGAAAGAAAAAGAAGAAAAAAAGGAAGAAGUUAAAGUAGAACCUAUUGUAGAAGAACCUUUUAUUGAUUUGAAUGAUACAGGAUCUAUGAGCGACGAUGUUAAAACACCUAAGAAAUCUUCCUCUGAUAAAAAGAAAACUCCUAAGACAAAAUCGACUACAAAAUGGAAGGAUCGUGUACGUAUUACAGACUUAGAUUUUCCAGAUUUGGAGGACACACCUUUGUAUUCUCUUCUUGAAUUAGUUUGGAAAAAACUAAUGUCUAUAGACGAAUAUUUAAUAUUUAAAGAUCCUGUAUCCAAAGAUGUACCAAAUUACCAUAAUACAAUUAAAACCCCAAUGGAUUUAACAACCAUUAAGGGAAAAAUAGAUGAUAAGAAAUAUACUAAGUGGCGAGAAUUUGAAGAUGAUGUUGAUCUUGUAUAUGAUAAUUGCAAAACUUUUAACUCUCAAGAUUCUAUAUAUUCAAAAGAAGCUAACAGACAGCAUAGAUGGUUCAGAAAAUGGAAGAAAGAUAUGGUGACUCACUUUGGCAAGAUUGAGGUUGCCGAUCUUUCUGAAAAAGUUGUUUGUGACUAUUUUAACGAGAUAUCUGUUGUUAAGACACACGCACCAAAGUAUGAUGUUACUCUUUUGAAUACAAUGGAAGAAGCAGAAGAGGAGACAACAUUACCAAAAACUUCUCUUUGCUAUCACCUUCUCAAAAUUACAGAAGAGCUUAAAAAACACGACAAGAACAAAUACUUUUGGGAGAGUGUUGACGAAAGCGUUCAUCCAAACUAUAGUAACCAAAUCAAACAUUCUAUUUGUUUAUCAAUGAUAGCCAGUAAUUGUAACAACAAACAUUACAAGACUAUUGAUCAAUUUAUUAAUGAUAUUGAUCUCUUACAUACUAAUACUUCUACUUUCUUCUCUCCAAACUCUAAAGAAGCAAAAGAAUCAAAAGCCUUAUUGAAUCUGGCUAAAGAAAAAGCACAACCUUUGAGAAUUAAGACUUUCAAAGAUGGUCCAACUUCUGCCAAUAGUUCCAGUACAAACACUACAACACCAAAAACAAGGAGAGAAACUAGGGCAUCAAGUUCACUUUUGGAUGAUAUUGAUAAUUUUCUUGAUAUGGAUGAAAAGGAUGAUUUAUUAUCUAAUGUGAAAUCCGAUAAAAAGAAGAAACCUUUAGCAAGUGCCUCUAAACCAAAAAGACGAAGACCAGUAAGCACUGCUGCAACAAAUCCAUAUAAUAAGGAUAUUGAAUUAGGAUGGGUGCCACAUAUUCAUAAUUGUGCAUACUGGCAAUUCCCAUCCUAUUUGCCUGAUCCUAAUCCAGAAAAUAGACCUAAAUCAAUUGAAUCCAAUCAUGAUGCAACUCAAUCAUUCAUUGAUCCAGCAUCCCUAUCUAGCUCGUACAGUAGAGGUGAUGAUGAAUCAAACUCAUCUCAAGAUGAAAGUGCUCCAAAACCAAAGAAAGAGAAAAAAGAAAAGGAAAAGACUCAAAAAAUCACUUCCAAUUCAUCCGACAUUGUUAUUCCACAAAACAUUUCAACAUCAAAAACACCUAAGACCACCAAGAAGGAAAAGAAUGUCACUAUUCCACACACACCAACCUUAAAUAUCUCAGUUCCCCCAUUCACCUCACCAAAUUUAUUCUCUCAAUCAGCCACUGGUUCUAAAUCAACUGCUCCACCUCAGGUUGUACAUUUAACUACUGUUGAAAAUAGACCACUUCCAAAGUAUUCCUAUAUCAUCAAAAAGUAUCGACAAAAUUUAUCUAUUAACAAACCUAAAAUUGAUUUGAAUCAACUCAAGACUAUGAAUCUUUCGGAUUGUAUGAAACUCUUCUCAGAUGAUGAAAGAUCAGUUUCUGAAAUCGUUGAAGCAAUGAAACAAAAACCAGAUACCAUACCAACAGAUAAUCUUUUAUAUGGACUUUCAGGCUUUAAGGACAUUAGCCCAGAAGAUGAUGAACUCAUUCAAAAGUUGGUCAAGAUUGCUACCAAAGAUGGAGGAUUCAAGAUGGAUUCACACUUUGAUAAGGCUUCACGUAAUAAUUCUUCACCAAAAGCUUCACUUUCAUCAAAACAUGUUGAAAAGGACAUCAUGGAUGAAGAUGAUGACGACGAUGAGGAUGAUGAGGAAGAAGAAAAUGAUUUGUCUGACAUUGAAGAUUUUGAUGAGGAAUUCGACCAUAAGAAGGAAAAGUACACAGAAGAAGCUGAUAUGGAUGAUGACGACGAUGAAUUUGUUGAGGGUGAUGUUAUGGAGAGAGUUUUGCAAGAUUUUGAAACAGUUACCUUCCCAAGUACUAGAAGAAGUACUCCCGAAGAAUUGUUCAAGAAGGUCAAACAAACACUCAUGGAUGAAGGUGUUAAUAUCUUUGAAGAUGAAUAA